UAAAAAGCGUGUCCAACUACUAGAUACGUAUGUUACAAAGCUUAUUUAUUUGAAAAAUGAUAUCACAACUGGUCACAAUGAACGUUGCUCUAGUUCUUUUAUUCACAUUCAAUAUGAUGAAGCUUGAAGCAUACACAUAUUUAGCAUCAAUAAAAUUUGAUGAUUCUGGAGAAAUGUACAUCAGUUUGGGCAGUGUGAAUAUUUCGUUGAGCUCAGAUUAUGAAUUAACAAUAAGUGAUAGAGACUGUACAAAAACACUUUCUUUGAAGCCACCAACCGAAGAAGAGAACCUUUUUAAACAUGGAUACCGUCCAGGAUCUUCCUUAUGCAAAAGCUGGUUCCUUCUGAAACGACCUCACAAAAAGAGAAGAACUGAGUGUUUGUUAUCCGAUUUACUCUUUUAAUCAGAAUUUCCAUAAUAAACGCUUUUUAAUAAAUUGUAGUGUUUAGCACUA